UUACAUAGUUUGAAACUACUUUGUAGUAAAAAAAAAAAAAAAAACAAAUAAAAAAUGGCUUCCAAAGUAGUUUUUGCGUGUGUUGUGUUCGCCAUUUUUGAUGCUUCCAAGGCGCAGGUCAUAAAGAACCUCCUCCCUGGCUGCGGUUGCGGCAGUAACGUGGACGUCAUUCAAAACCAGGUCCUUCUGAACCAGCCAGGUCUAGUAGCCGGUGGCCUUUGCCAACCUGGUUUGGUGGGUCCAGGUUUAGUGGGUCCUGGAUUAGUGGGUCCUGGAUUAGUGGGUCCUGGUCUGGUGGGCUCCAAUGUUGUUGCUGGCAACGUGAUCCCUGGAUUCGGAGGAGUUAUUGGCCCUUGCAACGGACUGGCUACUAACAUCAUUCAGGACAACACCGUAGCCAACAACUUAGCUAACACCCUUCAGCUCCUCCUGGUGUCCAACUUGCUGUCCAACACGCUUCCCAACACACCUGACCUUCUGACCGUACCCGCCGUCAGUCCUUACGCUACGGGUCUCUCUUACUUCUGCUAGGUCAAGUUUAGAAACUACAAGGUUUUUUAAUAAAAUAAUAAACAAUUUUUACUAGUUA